GGCUCGAUUGAGCACCUGCAGAGCGAGACCGUUCGGCACUUGCAGGCGGCUGAGAGCCACGCGAAAAAGCUUCGUGCCGCCACGUUGGUUGCUCAGAAGCUGGCGCAAAACUUUACAGCAUCUCCGGAGGACAUUGCAGAUGAUCUGCGAAAGCAUGUGACGGAGUCCAUGGAAAAGGCCCGUGGUGCCAAGGAAAGUGCGAAGGCCACGCUGGCAAUGGCCCAGGAGGCGUCCGAGGCUGCUCAUUCCGUGCUCAGUGAGGCAAACGCCUCGGAGGUAGCUGCGCGGACCUUGUUGGAUCGGGCACUGGCCCAG